GUGACAUUGUUUUUCGAGAAACGUCAAUUCGAAAAUUAUCAGUUAGUUUCAUUCACAAAAUUCUUAGUGUUAUGGUAUAUUGUUUGAUACUGCCAGUUCCUUUGCUUCUUUUAGCUCUCUGUGUUUUGUGCCUUUCUUGAGGGAAAACCAAUAUUCUAAGAAAACCUCUGAAAAUGGUCAUUGUGUACGCCUCUCUUGGUACGAUAUUGAUUGCAACCUGCCUAUAUUGCACAUUCAAAACGUAUUGUUUGUAAAUGUACAUAAAUCUGCAAGAAUCGAGCUAUCACAAUGUCGAAAAAACCACCACCUCAAAAACCGACAGGCAUUUCAAGACCGGGAUCGGCUGGGGCUCCUAGACCUGGUUCUGCUGGAGUUGGGGCCGCUACCUCCAAAACUAUCGUAUUGAAACCCCCAACUUGUCCCGCGGCAGCGGAUCAGUUGAAGAAAAAGAAGAAACGGGAGCCUUCGAAACCUCCGCCAAAAGUGUACGAAAAUCCUGCCUUCAGUAUACCUCUCCAGGAGGUCCAGACAAAUCCUCUCCUCGCCGACAAGGAGAGAAUUAAGACGAUAAGAAGAAACAUCCCUGAAGGGGAAGAUACCAAGGGUCUCAAGAAAGUCAUGCUGGAGUUGCAGGACUCUCCGGAUUUGACAGUAGGAGAAUUUGUGGGAUUAGUGGCCCCUUACACUGGAGACAACGGGACCGUUCUACGAGCAGUACUCACCGAAGACAUGAACUCCUUCAGGAGAAUGGCUCGAAAGAUCUACGAUACGAUGACUCAGGACGUCAGCGACGUGCUGACGAACCAGCACAUCCAGCUUAAGGAGUACGAGGAAGAGCGAGUCACCGUGUACACCGAGAAGAUGAUGCGAGCCAUCAACGAGAUAUUUUCGUACGCAUCCAACUUCGACUUCGAGGCCUACUACGAGGACAAGGAGAGAUACCUGAGCUCGUUGUUCCCCAUUCCGAAACUGAUCGAGGCAGACUCCGACGAGGCUGAGAUGCACAGGAGACAGCAGGCCUUCCACAGGCUCAACUGGCUGAGGACGGAAGGCGAGAGGUUGGCGGCGGAGAACCAGCGUCUGCACGAGCGUCUCAGGAUGCUCAAGAGGGGCCAAAUUGACGAGAUCAGACAGGCGGAGGCCAAAGAGGCGGAGGCCGACGCCAAGAGGGAGGCACUGGAGGCCCAAGAGGCGGCAGUGCAGAAACAACUGGAUAGGCUCACGGACAAGGUGGAGGAGACCAUGAUCGACACGGAGGCCGCUAUGAGGGUGGCCGCGGACGAGGCCCACCUGAUGGCACCCAAACAGAAGGCUUCCAAAGGUGCUGUCCAGAGAAGGACGAAGAAGAAGCCGGGUUGGGUGUCGGACGUGGCCGCCGAGAUAGACGAGAAGGGCAUAGAGGAGAACAUGAUGGCGGACGGAGGUCAGGUUGAUCCGAAGAAUUUGGCUGGCGUGAUAAAGAAGGUGCGUUCGAAGGCCUCGAAAACGAGGGUAGAGACGCCGGAAAGGGGCCCCGCUCGUAGCAAAGAGAAAUCGCCCUUUCACUUUUCACCCAUCAAGACUCCUCCCGGCAAAGCGCCACCUUCGACGGAGAAAUCGCCCUUCCAUUACUCGCCGAUCAAAACACCGCCGGAAAUUCGGGUCCAGCCCCCGCAACUACACACGACGCGGCUUCGUACGGAAAAGGUGACGGUCAGACCGAAAGGUCCUCAACCAACGGGUCUUCUGGUGCCUCCGGGAGGUGGAGGUGGGGGUGCAGGUGGCACCUCGACCCCUCAAACCUCACUUCUGCAACCCAGUGGUGACGAUCAUACCCCGUUAUACCAGACGAUGCAGGCGACGACUCCGGGCGCCCCCAGCAAAAUUGGAACUAUGACGGCCCAGAGGCCCCAACAUACGAGAUUGGACGUGGGUGGAAUGCCCACUCCGGCUCCAGUACCGAGGGGAAGAGCUCGCGGUCCCCAAGAUACUUGGGGAGGAUUCGGAUGAAGAACGUUUUUUUUUUUGUCGAUUUGGUUGUGAUAUUAUUCUAUGCAUCAAUAAAUUUUUGGAUUUUA